AUGGCUCUUGAAGCAGAGGCCAAGCGCAUUGCUGCGAAAUUCGAGUAUCCUGCUGAAGAUGUCAACAAGGGUGUUCAGGAAUUCAUCCGUGAGAUGGAAGAAGGUCUGGAAAAGCAGGGCACACCAUUGAGUCAAAUCCCAACAUACGUCACCUCUGUCCCUAAUGGCACCGAAAAGGGCGUCUAUCUGGCCGUUGACUUGGGAGGAACCAACUUCCGUGUUUGUUCCAUUACUUUGCACGGAAACCAGAGCUUCUCCCUACAGCAGUCCAAAGUGGCUGUUCCAAGAUCACUCAUGGAGGCCAAAACGGCCACUGAACUAUUCUCCUUCCUUGCUAAACAAGUGGAAGCCUUCUUGGUAGCCCAUCACAACGAUCAUUUCGAACAGCAUAAGGCAAACCCCAGUGCACAAGGGUUCUUUGAUCUGGGCUUCACAUUCAGCUUUCCUGUCAACCAGAUCGGUAUCAACAAGGGCAGGUUGAUGCGCUGGACCAAGGGCUACGACAUUGACGAAGCUCUUGGAGAGGACGUCUGUGAGCUGCUGCAAAAGGAGUUGGAUGCUCUGAAACUACCCGUGAGGGUAGCUGCCCUUGUCAACGACACGGUAGGCACACUCAUGGCUAGGUCUUAUACGUCACCCGGGAAGACCAAAACACUGAUUGGUGCAAUCUUUGGCACCGGCACAAACGGUGCCUACGUCGAAUCCCUGGACAAGGUCAAGAAAAUGAAAGCCAUUGACGACGCUGAAGGUGGUGAAGCCAAUUAUGACAAAUCCACAGGGUUAAUGAUCAUCAAUACUGAAUGGGGCAGCUUCGACAACCCGAUGAAAGUUCUGCCCAAUACCGAAUAUGACGUCGCCCUAGAUCGAGAAUCCGUCAACCCUGGCAUCCAGAUGUUUGAGAAGCGUGUCUCCGGCAUGUUCCUUGGCGAAAUCCUUCGCCGUGCCUUACUCAGCCUAUACCAGCAUAAGGAUGCCGGCGUGGCCCUUUUCAAAGACACUUCUUCGCAUGACAACGACAUUCGAAGCACGACCACAGUGGAUGGAAACAGCCCUCUCUUCAAGCAGUGGGGGAUUGACACAUCCUUCCUCUCCAUUGUUGAAGAGGAUCAAUCGGAUCAUCUGCGAAUAACCAAGCAAACAUUGGAGAAGGAACUCGGCAUUGGAGCAGCUUCCACAGAGGACUGUGUGGCUGUGAAGAUGCUAGUACACGCAAUUGGAAAACGAGCCGCCCGCCUAAGUGCAGUCGCCCUCGGAGCAGUCGUGAUCUCAAGCAAUAGACUGAAAGAGGAGGAAAUGGUAGAUAUUGGAGUCGAUGGCAGUCUGGUGGAAUACUACCCUGGCUUUGAGGAGUACAUUCGCGAGGCAUUCAGGGAGAUUGAAGGCAUUGGUGAGGACGAAAAGCGCAUCAGAAUUGGUCUGGCGAAAGAUGGUAGCGGUCUCGGAGCUGCCUUAAUUGCAUUGGUGGCCAAUAAGUCGGAGGUCCCUUUGUAG